AUGGGGGACAAGCACCAGGGGAUCUGUGAUGGGCACGAGUGGCCAGGGCCUGUUUUACGUCUCAUCCCACCCACAGCAGCUCCAGCUGCACAGCGCCCCCUAGUGCUGUGCUGGGGUACUGGUGUCAGGGCUGACUCCAAGACUAAGAGAAAUGGCUGCUUUUCCAGAAAGGUGGGGACGGAUCCUUUGAAGCUGUCCCACUCUGGCUACAGGAUGAGCCUCCAGGCCAAGGCGUCUCUCGUGGAGGAGGGGACAGGGGUGGAGCUCAAUGUGACCAAGAGCUGCAACGUCGUGUCUGAAAUCCCUAUGGUGACCUUUGAGGACUCUGACGCUACCUACAAGACUGGAAUGCCCUACACUGGCAAGAUGCUCCUGGAGACGGAAGAUGGCUCUGUGCUGAAGAAUGAGAAGCUGCAGCUCUUUGUUAGCUAUGGAGAUAAGAAUAAGAACCAGACCUUUCUGACCGACGAGUCUGGCAGAGCCUCCUUCGAGCUGGACACCUCUGGCUGGACCGGGUGGGUCAAUCUAAGG